AUGGGAGGAGAAGAAGAAGAAGCAUUGGACAUAACCGGAAGCAGAGGGAUAAAGAUGAUGCCGUUCGGAGCGGGAAGGAGGAUCCGUCCGGGGAUUGGGCUCGCAAUGCUGCAUCUCGAGUACUAUGUGGCCAACAUGGUCAGGGAGUUCGAGUGGAAGGAGGUCCAGGAACAUCAAGUUGACUUGACCGAGAAACUCGAGUUCACUACUGUCAUGAAGCAUCCGCUCAAGGCUCUCGCUGUGCCCAGGACAAGUUACAAAGACUAG